AGAUAACGCGAAACCGCUCAGUUAUCUCUGUGCUUCUGUUUUCCGCUGGUCCAGAAGAAAUCAGAAAGUAACCUGCGACAUUGAUUCUUUAGAGCAACUGAGUGGAGUUACUCUCAGGCUCAAUGAAAGCUGUAAUUCUCGCCGCCGGGUACGGAACCAGGCUCCAGCGGGACGUGGUGGCAGAUAGCAGCGGAAGGUUCGCUCACCUGGCCGGGGUUGCCAAACCACUGCUCCCGGUUGGACGUUGUGCUCUGAUAUCACACUGGGUCAAUGCUCUGACAGCCUCUGGGUGUGUGGACGGCAUUUAUGUUAUCACAAACGCCCUGUACCACACUGCAUUCGAGGAGUGGGCCUCACAAUUCACAAAUGUCAGGAUUCUCAGCGACGGGACAAGAAGCAACGAUGACCGUCUUGGUGCGGUGGCUUGUCUGCAACUUGCAGUGAAGCACUUCAAGAUUGAGGACCAUGUGGUUGUGAUUGGCGGCGACACCCUCUUCAAAGAAGACUUCAGCCUCAGUAAAGUAAACGAGAGAUUUUCUGACCUCCAAGCGAAAUGUGAUGACAGUUGUCUGGUGCUUUCUUAUCAGUGCAAAGAAGAGGAAACCCAUAAAUAUGGGAUACUGGAAGCAGAUGGUGAUCUUCGUAUCCUGUGCAUGAAGGAGAAACCUCUUCCUUCUGAGACAAAAUCAAGGAGAGCUUGUCCCUGUUUCUACGUGUUUAGUAAGAAAAGCCUUCCUCUGUUGGACACCUUCAUGGAGGAAAAGAAGGAGGCUCCCAUUGAUGAGAAAGAUGCUCCAGGAAACUUUGUGUCAUGGCUCAUACCAAGGAAGCCAGUGUACAUUCAUGAGAUUUGUGGUCGUUUUGAUGUUGGAAACUUGCCUUCUUAUAUUGAAUGUGACCUUUACUUCAAAGAAAAACAAGAUGUUGACUCUUAUAUGGUGUAGGAAAACAGGACCAAUCACUGUAUUUAUUUCAUCAUGUUAAAAAGGUUUCCAAGAAAAGACAAUCAAAUAUGAGAUCUUCUCAAAGAAUGUUAUUAUUUAUAUGUAAUUUUAUCAUAAAUGUUUUCUAUUAAAAGUGAUUUUUAUAUUGUC